AUGAGCUCUAAACAACAAGGCGAUUUCACCAUGACGGUGUUGGGCUGCGGCACCAUGGGCAUCGCAAUCCUCAAUGGCAUCCUCACGUCACUGGCGGAGAUAAACGGCCCUCGACCACUUCAGUCGCCGUCGUCGGGUGUUUCAACUCCAGGAGAGGAUCGGCCACAGUCCCUUCCGUCACGGUUCAUUGCCUGCGUCAGAAGCGUCGAAAGUGCCAAGAAAGUCAAGUCCGCUCUGUGGGAGCAUUCUUCCAUCGUCAAGGUCGUGCGCAACGACAAUCUCGCUGCUGUUCAGCAAGCCGAGGUCGUUCUUCUCGGCUGCAAACCUUACAUGGUGAACACCAUCCUGGGCGAGCCCGGCAUGGCAGAUGCUCUCAAGGGCAAGCUUCUCAUUAGCGUUUGCGCCGGUAUCACCGCGGAGCAUAUGGAGAUAGCUCUUCACGGAUCGGUCCCGGCCACGAGCCCCGAUGCGGAUGGCCGCUGCCGUGUCGUCAGGGCAAUGUGCAACACGGCCGCUCUAAUCCGCGAAUCCAUGACGGUUAUUGGAAUCACUGAACCCCCGCUUCCUCCUCAUGCCAAAACCCUGGUCACAUGGAUCUUUAAGCGCGUUGGUGACGUCGUUUACUUGCCGGCUAAUAACAUGGAUGCUUGCACUGCCCUUUGCGGAUCUUCACCUGCCAUGUUUGCCCUGAUGCUCGAGGCAGCCAUUGACGGCGCCGUGGCCAUGGGUCUGCCUCGUGCUGAGGCUCAGAGAAUGGCAACCCAGUCUAUGCGAGGAACUACUGGUCUCGUGCAGAGUGGCGAGCAUCCCGCACUUCUCCGUGAGAAGGUUUGCACGCCGGGUGGGUGCACCAUAGGCGGACUCUUGGUUUUGGAAGAAGGCCGAGCGCGGGGAACGAUAUCUCGAGCUAUCCGCGAGGCCACGGUAGUUGCCAGCCAGUUGGGCAAGGGUAUUCAAGGUGUCAACGGAACCAGAUUCAAUGCGACUGGAUGA